CGCCUUUUUCUCACAGAGAGCGAGGGGGAGGACAUGCGAUUUGAUUGCCCUUUGGGAGUUCUCGGGACGAGCGAUCGGACGGCGCAGAGGACAUGUCCGAGGUCAAGGACCCCGCCAUCAAGCUCUUCGGCGCCACCAUCCCGGUGGCGGCUGCCGCUCUGCCUCCGGCGGAGGCGGACGCGGUGGAUGUCGAGGAUAAGGAGGCCGACGCGGAGUCCGCCGCUUCUACGGCGGUGGGGCAGAAAGAUACAACUAAAGAAAUGACAAAUAUGGAAGUCAACGAUGAUUCGGCUACAGCACCUGAUGAAGAGAAUGAAGUUGCACCAAUUAGUUCAUCUAGGUUGACUGGUACCAAUGAAGAUGACAAUAAAACCUCUAUUGCAGAUGAAAAAGAAUCAACAAAACAUAAAGCUGAAGACACCAAAACUGAGGCUGAUUGCUCUGUGCCGGAGAAGGUCCUCAAGAAACCAGAUAAAAUUCUACCAUGUCCUCGCUGCAAUAGCAUGGACACCAAAUUCUGCUAUUACAACAAUUACAACGUCAACCAACCUAGACACUUCUGCAAGAAUUGUCAGAGAUAUUGGACUGCUGGAGGAACAAUGAGGAAUGUCCCUGUGGGUGCUGGUAGGCGCAAGAGUAAGCAUUCAGCUUCACAAUGUCGCAACUUAGUGAUUCCUUCAGAUGGAUUGCAAUCUGCUCAACUAGAUGCUCUUAACUUGACUCAUCAUCGAGCUCUCCCAUGUGUGCCUUCCACCCCUUCACAACCUCCAAUAGGAAACGGGACUGUCCUUAAAUUUGGACAAGAAGUUCCUCUUUGCGAGUCCAUGGUCUCUGUGCUCAAUAUCCAAGAGCAAGGCAAAGAUUCUGAUUCUGGCUCGAUGAUACAUGGAGAGAAAAGGGAGGAACCAUCCUGUGCAUCUUCUGCAACAGCCUCCAAUUUUGUGGAAAAUGGAUCUGCUAAAACUGCAGUCCACGUGGAACAAAGUGGCAUGCAAGUUUACUGUAAUGGACUUGCACCCCUGCCUCAUUUGCAGUGUUACCCUGGGGCUCCCUGGGCUUACCCAUGGAGACCAGCUUGGAACAAUGUUGCUGUUAUGGAAGCCGGUAAAUGUUCAUCUGAAUAUAUAUGCAGACCAGGGAAUGCAAAUUCAAGUCCAGUUCCAUGGAGUCCUAGAGCAAUAAUGGCAGCUCCUCCUGUUUGUGCAGCAACACACCCUUUCCCUUUCAUGCCAGCUCCAUUCUGGGGCUUCACCACUUGGCCCAAUGGGGCAUGGAAUUUACCGUGUGUUGGAUCUAGUGGUUGCAUAUCCCCAUCAUCUUCGACAAGCAAUAGUAAUUGUUCAGGAAAUGGCUCUCCAACUUUGGGUAAGCACUCGAGAGAUGCUAGUUUACAGAGUGAGGAGAAGAUGGAGAAGUCUUUAUGGGUUCCUAAGACUCUUAGGAUAGAUGAUCCUGAGGAGGCUGCAAAAAGUUCGAUAUGGGCUACUCUUGGCAUCAAGCCUGACAUAGGUGGUAUUUUCCAGUCCAAGGCUGAAAGCAAGGUUGAUGAGUCAGAUGCUGCACAGGUCUUGCAUGCAAAUCCUGCUGCAGUAUCCCGAUCCCAUUCCUUUCAGGAAAGCACAUGAAGGGUUUGGUCAGAAGUUCAAGGGAUGCAAUGUGUGAAAGAAUUCAUUACAUGGUAAGGAUUUGGGAGCUGCUUUGGUCUUCUGACCUAGAACGCAUAAAUACAAGAACUGAAAGAUAGUCGACUCUAAAAUUUGCCCAUGCUUCGCAUGAAUCUAGCAGUCGGAAAUGCCGGGCUUGCUGAUGUCUAUAAGAUUAUUUAAGAAUUUAUGUUGUGAAUACAAGUGAAAAGUUAUUUGUCUAUAAAUUUGUACCCUGCAGACAAUUUAAAUCUCCUGCACCAUGACAGCUUUGGUGAAGCACAAUAGGAAGUUUCAGUUAAUAAACAUCGAGUAACAAGCAUAGCUUUGGAACUGAAAGCUCCGGUUCUCUAAAUCACAUCUUUCCUAGUAAUGGAGAGGAAACUAGUGUUUUUUCUAUGGUUUUUAGUUGUUUUGGAGGAUACAUUUGAAAUUUCUAUGAAUAUAAGCAAUGUCAUUGAGCUCUGGUGCA